UUGGGUGGAUCGGCAUGCAGCAGAAAGCUGAAAAAGAUGCUGCUGCUGUCAGCUGCGGUGUGCAUUCCAUUAGCGAGGACAUACUUCACCUGAAGCCACACCCUGUCACUGGCCUGCAGCUUCCUUCAGUUGUUUUGCUAACCGGUCGGAAGUUUCGAAAAGACAAACCUCAAGUGGCUCUUGUGCAACCACCAGGUGGGUAGAUGAAGAUAUAGGUGCCGUUGCUGGCAGCCGCAAAAUCCCUUUCGAGGGGAUCAAAGUGACUAUGCUGGUUACAGAGGACAUAUGUCAAAGAAAAAGGCUAGUCAUUAGGAGAAUAAGGUGCACACUGAUGCAUGGCGGGGAUGCAGUGCCUAUGAGGGCCCAUGUGGACCACUUCACCACAGUCACCCUUCAACUUUACUUAGACUUGUGCACUCUGAGCCCCCCUUAUCUCGGUUAACUCCUCUUUUACCUACUGCCCCAUCAGUGACAUCUGCCCCAUUGGAGCACUAGAUCAACCCUUCCUGGCUCGGGCCCCCUUUUUGGCCCCACAUACCAUGGUCACCAGGUCUGCCUAACUCCCAUUAUCACCCCUUAAGCUUUUGGAUCCCUGACUUCCCUGACUCCAGGAAGUUUCCAUUCUCCAACUGGUCCUGGGAGACAUGAUAGAAUCUGGACAUUCUUAUAAGAGGCCCGCUCAGUCCUUGGCCCUCAUUUUCCCCUGAAAACAAUGGCAGCGUGCUUGGGGUUAUGGUGUCUUCUUCUGGACUCCCAAACACAGUGCAAUGUCAGCUGACCGUUGUUAACUUGAUUACCCUUGGUCCCCGUGACACCAGAACCACCAAGUGGCUCCUUCCUUUGGGCUGAGCCAGUAGUAAGUGGUAGGGUCUGAGGCAGGACCCAGCUCAUCCAGAGUGGUGUUGUUUGGGGCGAGCAUGGCCGGCCGAGCACACCACACCACAAGCAGGGCAAGCAGCCCCUGAAAAUCUUGGAGGGGAACACAAGUUCAUCUUUCUUAAUUUAAAAAAUGAAAUUGUAUUUCAUUCAGAGGAGCCACUUACAAAUCUCGGGCAAAAUGCAGGCAGGGGCUGGACCAGGCACAUUACAUUGGUGCCGUGACCCUGAUCAGAAGGAUGUUUAGGAGAAAACAGACUUGUGUUUUCCUGCCAAUUGGCCGUUGUUAUGAAUUCAUUUGGUGUAUGUUUGUGUGCGUGAACCAGUAUUCUUCUGUAGAGAGUAUUUGUGAUGACCCGCUGCCCGGAUCAUUUUUGUUUAGUUUUUGACUUCGUCAGUAACUGUUUUGAGCCCCCCUGGGGUUGUGUUUAGUUGUCAUGAUUGCAGAUUGUUUUCACCUGCCUCUGAUUAGUGUUCGGGACGCUCACCAGCUAAUCCACUAAUCAGAGAGCUACUUCUUCCCUGCUUUUUGUCACACUCAGUCUGGCUUUCUUGUUUGCUUUCAUGCAACACGUUACGUUUGAUGAUUCCCUGUUUCUAUAAUUCUGGAUUCCUGUUUAUACGCUAAGCUUUUGCACUAUCCCCAUGUGAUCGACACACGUCUCUUUCGUUUAUAUCUUGUAUUUUUGUAUUUUUUGUGAUUUAUGGACAACAAAAUCAUAUUCUUACCUGCACCUUGCCUCUGGAGUUCCUCCAGCAUCUCUGGAGAACAAACAUGCGUCCCAAGCGUGAUAGUAUUGCUUCGUACUGUUUAGAAUAUUUGGACCAGCUUGUUUUGUUACAUGACAUGAGUCCAAGUAUACAUACAGAUGGAAAGUGAGCAUCAUGACGAAGUAGCCAAAGAAAGGUAUCACUGGACCCACUGCUGCCUUGGACAGCUUGUGCAUGUUGAGAAGAAUAAAAAUUCAAGUAGCGCAGCAGCCACUGGCUUUGAUUAAGUCAUACAGUAAACCCUGGCCACAACGGCCUCCAUCUCACCUGCUGCUAUGAGGGAGGCAUUCACAUGCCACAUGACCUAAUUCCACAACAGUUGUCUUCUUUAGUACCCACUAAAAAUGGACUAGAACUGAUUCUUUUUUACGCCGUUGAAGUGCUUUGGGGUACAUGUUUUCUCCCCUUGGAUUCUGCACACCAGUGGGGUUGUCUGCCCACCUUUUCUCCUGCAAACACAUGAUGACUUGUGGUUGAGCUUAAGUGUUUGAAAAGCCGACCCCGAGCCAAACCCUAAAUUGCUGGUGUCCACUAACCAACUUUUAUAUUGAUGAGUCCAAACACAAAGGUAAAGCCAGCCAAGGAGAAUGGGAAAAUUAUAAAAAAGAUGAAAAGUUGACUUGCUUUCCACAGCCCUGACAUCCUGGGGCGGUAUAGCUCGGUUGGUAGAGUGGCCGUGCCAGCAACUUGAGGGUUGCAGGUUCGAUCCCCGCUUCCCCUAUCCUAGUCCCUGCCGUUAUGUCUUCGGGCAAGACACUUUACCCACCUGCUCCCAGUGCCACCCACACUGGUUUAAAUGUAACUUAGAUAUUGGGUUUCACUAUGUAAAGCGCUUUGAGUCACUAGAGAAAAAGCGCUAUAUAAAUAUAAUUCACUUCACUUCACUGUUUGCUCCAAACAAGGUGGGUCACAAGACACCUGAAAGGUUCCCUUUGUCUUCAAUUCUCUCCACAUUUAAAACGUAGCGCCGCCUGCUGCGUCGCCCUCGGUGACACAUUUGGCCGUUUUGGCGGGGGCCGGAGGGCCGGGCCGGGAGGUGGUUUGUGUUGACAGUUCGGGGCUGCAGACUGUGGACUUUCAGUAAACACUAGUUAGUCAUUGACGCAGGAAACACAACCAAGCAUCUUCAUCAACGCCAUCAAGCAAGUCAUUCGUUGUCUUGUACGUCUCGCAACCUACGGGCUCCAUCGAGGUCUCUUUCUGAAGGGGUGAAAAAGGUAAUAAAGCCCUUGUAGCUUCUUGCUGCCGUUAAGAAACAAAAAAGGCAUCGACAUGUGUCGCCUCGCCUUCUGCGUGUGCGUCGCGGUCGCUUUGUGGGCGGAGUCUACACUAAGUCAGUCAGUCUUUUCCGAACCUGUGGAGGCGCAUAUGUUGCUGCGGUCCCGCCGCGCCAACUCCUUCUUGGAGGAGCUGAAGCCUCCUUCAAUGGAGCGCGAGUGUGUUGAGGAGACCUGUAACUUUGAGGAGGCCAUCGAGAUCUUCAAGACCAGAGAGGCCACACUGGAGUUCUGGACCAAGUACUCAGACGGGAACCAGUGUGAAACCCACAAGUGUGAGUACGGAACAUGCGUGGACAUGUUCAAAGACUAUGCCUGCCGCUGUAACCCCGGAUACGAGGGGAAAUACUGUGACUACCUUCAAACGGCAACAAACUGCAGUGUGAACAAUGGCGACUGUGACCACGAGUGUUCCGAGAGCGAGGACGGCACAAAGAGGAUGUGCAGCUGCGUGAUUGGCUACACGCUGCACGACGACGACAGGAAGUGCGUCCCUAAAGGGGCGAGGUCUUGCGGUCAGCUCCUGAUAGGCCGCUCAUCCUACUCCAAGCCCGUAGAUGGCCUCAUGCCCUGGAUGGUAGGUGGCGACGUGGGCAAGAAGGGUGAGAGUCCUUGGCAGGUGCUAGUCCAGAACGCCAAAGGACGCUUUCAUUGCGGUGGCGUGCUCAUAGAUGAGAGUUGGGUCCUGACGGCGGCGCACUGCCUUGAAAACAAUCUGCGCCUGCGAGUGCGACUCGGCGACUACGAGCGUUUUCGCAAUGAGGGCACUGAGGUGACUUUGCCAGUCGUCGGGGCCUUCAAGCACCCCGACUAUGACGGAACGACAGGGGACAACGACAUCGCCCUACUGCGCCUGGAUAGCCCCGCCCCUUUCUCAGAGUACGUCCUGCCAGCGUGUUUGCCGAGUCGUCGGCUGGCCGAGAAUGUGCUUCACCGCAACGGGACGCCCACUGUGGUGACGGGUUGGGGCAAGGAUAGCAUUGACAGCGCCCGCUUCAGCUCAGCGCUCAACGUCAUCCGAGUGCCGCUGGUCAGCCGCGACGUGUGCGCCGGUCUCAUGUCGCACAACAUUACCAACAACAUGCUGUGCGGCGGCAUUCUAGGCCAGCGCAUCGACGCCUGCGAGGGCGACAGCGGCGGUCCCAUGGUGACGCUCCACGCUGACACUUGGUUCCUGGUGGGCUUGGUAUCGUGGGGUGAGGGCUGUGGCCGCGAGGACAAGCUGGGCAUCUACACUAAAGUGUCCAACUACAAUGAGUGGAUCGACACCGUGCGUGAAAACUGGGACAAAAGGGGACCCCCUCCAGAACCCUGAUGUGCACGUGUGCACGCUCCUUCAAUAAACGGAUAAUUAACCUGUUUGCUUGCUUUAUUUUU